AGUCUAUCCCCUCCCUCGGGACUUAGCUCUCUAUAAAUACGUGUGUGUGGGUUGUAGAAAUUUCAUUAUCAAUUUAUCAUUAUACAAAAUGGGAAGCAUGAAAGAAGAAGAGCGAAAAACGACAGGAUGGGCUGCAAGAGAUCCUUCUGGCAUCCUCUCUCCAUACACCUUCACUCUCAGAAAAACAGGUGCUGAAGAUGUGUUGAUCAAGGUCAUAUGCUGCGGUGUUUGUCAUACCGAUGUUCAUCAGAUCAAAAACGACCUCGGAAUGUCCAAUUACCCUAUGGUUCCAGGGCAUGAAGUGGUAGGUGAAGUAGUGGAAGUGGGGUCAGCUGUGAGUAAAUUCAACGUCGGUGACACCGUCGGAGUUGGACUUCUCGUUGGCUGCUGUAACAGCUGCCGCCCAUGUGAGGCGGAAGUGGAGCAAUACUGCAACAAAAAGAUAUGGUCCUACAAUGACGUGUACACCGACGGCAAACCUACACAAGGUGGAUUUUCCACAUCCAUGGUCGUUCACCAAAAAUUUGUGGUCAAGAUACCAGAAGGGUUGUCACCCGAGCAAGCGGCCCCCUUGCUAUGUGCUGGGGUGACAGUGUACAGUCCGCUAAGUCAUUUUGGACUGAAGAAAAACGGGCUCAAAGGAGCCAUAGUUGGACUUGGUGGGGUUGGGCAUAUGGGUGUUUUGAUUGCGAAAGCAAUGGGUCAUCAUGUGACCAUCAUCAGCUCUUCUGAUAAGAAGAGAGAUGAGGCCAUGAAUGUUCUUGGAGCUAACGAAUAUUUCGUCAGCUCUGACACUGCUAAGAUUCAAGCAGCAGUUGAUUCAUUCGACUAUAUUAUCGACACGGUGCCGGCAAACCACCCUCUUGACGAAUACCUUUCUUUGCUCAAACUCGAUGGGAAAUUGAUCUUGUUGGGUGUUAUCAAUACCCCUUUGCAAUUCAUCUCCCCUUUGCUUAUGGGCGGGAGGAAGACAAUUACCGGAACAUUUAUUGGUAGCAUGAAAGAAAUCGAAGAGUUGUUGGAGUUUUGCAAGGAGAAGGAUGUGAAAUCAACGGUGGAGAUCGUGAAGAUGGAUUAUAUAAACACUGCAAUGGAAAGGGUAGCCAAAAACGACGUUAGAUAUCGGUUUGUGGUGGACGUGGCUGGCAGCAAACUUGAAGAUGAGUAAGGAAAUGAGAAUAAUAUUAUAUUUUAUUUUGAAGACGUUUGCAAGAUCAUGUAAUGUUUCAAGUUUUAUUAAUGGAUUAUACAAUAUAGUGUUUUGGA